AGGAGCCAGCUAGUCUCAGUUCAAGACUCGAACUGCAAUCACGAUCAAGACAUGGGAGUUGAAUGUUUUGCAAAUGACAUCGAUCUGAUUUACCUACUGAGUGGGGCAGGGUCGUAUGAGGGCGCUGUUCUUUAUCGAGAACGGGAUCGACGGGCGUUACUUUGUGACGAUACUUGGACCAACCGAGAAGCAAGUGCAGUGUGUCGCAUGAUCGGAUAUGAAAGUGGAACUGCCGUCAGAGUGAUCGGUAUGAUACCAGAUACUUUCGAUGACGUCUUCCAGUGGGACUUCGUGUGUGCUGGCGAUGAGGAACGACUGGAAGAUUGUACGGUGACCAAGAGAGAGAACCCUACAACAUGUGCUCCUGGAAGCAUUGCUCAGGUCAGAUGCGGCCCAAAUGUGGAUGGAAACCUUCGGAUAACCGGAAGUGACUAUACUGAACAAGGACGGGUAGAGGUCUAUCAAGAUGGACAGUGGGUCCAUGUCUGGCUGCUUCCGACCGCCAACAAAGAUAAACGUUUCUAUGACAGACUUUGCAUUAUCCUGGGAUAUGAAGAGUCGGUUUACCAAUACUUUGGACUUGGACAGAUGCCUUUUGAAGCAGGAUCCGGUACCUUGGGACGUCUGUGCGAGUAUGUACUGUCAACCGGACGUAUCCACUGUCAAGAUCUUACAAAUCAGACAGGAGGCGGGGAGGAUUUACAAGUUGGUGUCGUUUGUAAGCCAAUUGAUAUAAUUGCAUACCAUCCCAUAAGACUAGCAGACAUGAAAACAGAUGAGGUCAAUAACCAAUCUGGUUAUGUAGAGAUGUAUCAUGAUGGUCAAUGGCGUGGUAUUUGUGAGAACAUUCUUCAUUCUCAUCUUGUAUGUUCUGAGCUUGGUCAUAUGAACCUCUCCCAGGCUGCUGCCAUUGAUACACCGGUGAUUGCUGACGGAAGUCCAGAGCUCUCCUCAGUCUGGUUCAGUUUUACAGAAACAACUUUUUGUAACACACUCUAUGGAUGUCGUCACAGCGCUUGGGGAGACCCCCUCGGUGAUUGUAACAAGCUGGCGGUUCAAUGUGUCGAAGUGGAAGGGAGAGCUUCGUCUUUGGAGAGUCUUACUCUUUCUGUCAUCCUCCUCGUGGUCGCAAUUGCAGUCGAGCUCGGCUUCAUUCACGUGUAAAAGUUCAGACGUUACGCAUUUGACGCCAUAAUCUAAUAGCGCACUCACUGAGAGGCUAUAGGAGUACGCGUAAACGGAGUUGUCAGAGAUACGCCAGUGCAGAUCACCAAACACACGCAAGGCAAAGGACCUGACCGCUAUGAUGGCGCAGAGAUGUCAAUGCAUAAUGUCUAGUUCAUCUAAGUAUUUCGGAUUUUACUUUCACGUGCCUCUUAGACAAGUUUAAAGGAGGAUUGUAACUAAUUAAAAACUUCAUAAAAAAACAUAUAUAAUCACAAUAUAGGGGUAGGGGCGGGUUUACGUCUUUAUAACGUCUUAGGAGU